UGGAGAAGAUCACGGAACUUUGUCUGUGAAAUCUGUCACAAAGCUUUUACUGAUAACUGGAACCUGAAACAACAUAUGAGAAUACAUACUGGAGAAAGUCCAUAUAAUUGUGAAGUUUGUCAUAAAACAUUUAAAGGGAAAAGUAAUCUGAAAGCUCAUAUGAUAACACAUCUUGAUAUGAACCUUCUCCAUUGUGUAGAUUUUGAUAUGAGUGUUAGAAGUUCACAAGUUUCCUUUCCCAAUGAGAUGCCGGGGAAAUAUGUCUGUGAGUUUUGUCCCAAACGUUUCCGUGAUAAUUGGAAGUUACAGACACAUCGUAGAGUACAUACAGGAGAACGACCUUUCAAAUGUCGGUUUUGUGAGCGAAAGAAAGUAGACAGUUCAAAGACUUGGAAACAUGGAUGUGACUUUUGUGACAAAAGUUUUCCUACUAACUGGAAGCUACAGACUCACAGGAGAAUUCACACCGGAGAAAAACCAUUUAUUUAUAUAGAUCAUACAUAUGUAGGGCUUGCUAUGAGACAAGGACCGACUGAUACAUCGGGAAAGUUAAAGAGAAUAUGUAUGAUAUGUGAUAAAGCGUUCCGUGACAACUGGUACCUGCAGAGACACAUGAGAUCUCACACCGGAGAAAAACCGUUCACGUGUAAAUACUGCGACAAAGCUUUCAAACAGAAAGGACAUUUGAGAGUUCAUAUGCUGAAACAUUUAGAUGAUUAAUUAGAGACAGUUUACAAUAGUGAUGAACUAAUGAAUGUAUCAAAUUCUCUUAUUAUGGGGAUUGCUUAAAAAGUGGGAUAAACUUCACAUUUCCCUGUUAAUGUUUGUGUUCUGUGGAUAGUGAAAAGUAGAGUGAUAAGAAUGGUUUUAAGUGUGUUUUGAUUAUUUUUAAGCAUUUUCCUGGACAGCAACGGUUAAUGUUUCCGCUGUGGUCAUCUUCUUGACGUCUUUUAAUGUACCAGCUUCACUAGAAUUCAGCAUUUAGAGAAUGAAAUAAUGUGUAAUUAUUAAGAAUAAUCAUUUGGUAUGAUCUCGCUAGGAUAUGAUUAUAUAAUGGUGAUCAAACUCAUUCGAAAAGAUGGCUAGUUAUAGUGGUAGGAUUAAACAAGAAUGACCGAACAUUGCUAGUUAUAGUGGCAGGAUUAAACAAUAAUGACCGAACAUGUCUAGUUAUAGUGGCAGGAUUAAACAAGAAUGACCGAACAUUGCUAGUUAUAGUGGCAUGAUUAAACAAUAAUGACGGAACAUGGCUAGUUAUAGUGGCAUGAUUAAACAAGAAUGACCGAACAUGGUUAGUUUUAGUGGCAGGAUUAAAGAAGAAUGACGGAACAUUUCUAGUUAUAGUGGCAGGAUUAAACAAAAAUGACGGAACAUGGCUAGUUAUAGCGGCAUGAUUAAACAAGAAUGACGGAACAUGUCUAGUUAUAGUAGCAGGAAUAAACAAGAAUGAUCAAACAUGGCUAGUUAUAGUGGCAGGAUUAAACAAGAAUGACGGAACAUGGCUAGUUAUAGU